CGCCGGGGCGGGGUGACGGAUUCCGGGAGGCGAUGGGCAUUCGCUGCGAGGCUUUAAUGGCGGCGGAAUGGAAAGCGGCGAGCCGGGCGCGGGCGGGCUCCUGCAGCAGAUCCUGAGCCUGCGUCUAGUACCGCGGGUGGGCAACGGCACCCUGUACGCCACCCCGCUGGUCAGCUUCCCAGAAAUGUGGUAUGGUGUAUUCCUGUGGGCACUGGUGUCCUCUCUGUCUUUCCACAUCCCUGCGGGAUUACUGGCGCUCUUCACACUCAGACAUCACAAAUAUGGUAGGUUCAUGUCCGUAAGCAUCCUGUUGAUGGGCAUCGUGGGACCAAUUUCUGCUGGAAUCUUAACAAGUGCAGCUAUUGCUGGAGUUUACAGAGCUGCCGCAAAACAAAUGAUCCCCUUCGAAGCACUUACUCUAGGUGUGGGGCAGACAUUCUGUGUGAUGGUGGUUUCCUUCUCACGGAUUUUAGCAACUCUAUAGCAUUCCAUCGGAGACUUGAGUCUGAAGGUCAAAUCGGGAGGGGAGAAGAUUUCGACUGCUUGGCAGAAGUAGUCCAUGAAUGUGGCAGUUUUUCAAUCUCUGGGCAGAAAACAGCAUGAGAUGAAGAUCCUGGACAUAUCUGGAAGGUGUUAUGCCUUUGGUUUUUAAAGGCCUGGUUCUGUCACUGGUUUGGUAGCAGAAUGAUUUAAACUAGGGAAGAGAUCUAAUCUGAGGGGUUAUGUGCUCCAAAUGAAGCUCCUCAACACAAGCUCCUCAACACAAAGGUGGUUUGUUUAUACAUGGCUUCUGUAAAAUACAAAAGCAGGCACAGUAAAAAGGCCUGUCUUGAUUUUCUUGUAGCACAGCUGUGUACAUGCUUUCCUGGAAAAUAAGAGGUAAAAUAUUUCACAGAUGCUACUGCAAGCGUUAUCAUCUUCAAACCAGAAUAUACUGUUUGAUCAGUCUUCCGUCUGUUGUAUACUUUGUUGAAAUUGAAGCUAAUUUAUUAACAUUUAUUUUGUUACAUUUUGGUAACAUUAAGUGCCAAGGUUUUUUGAGGGGAGGAGUCAUAGGAUGGGGUAGGAGGUUAGUAACAUUUAGUAUAAUGUUGCAAACAAUGAACUGUUGUAGCAACAGAGAGAAUCCACAACAGGACAUAGAGAGGUUCUGCUGUAGGAAUGUUACUACUGAAUGACGUGGCAAGUGAAAAGUUCAGUGAAUGCUUUGACCUCUCGCUACUUUACACUUUGAUUGAACCUUUUAAAACACUUUUUAAAGAUGUGAAAUGCAGUUUUUAUGAGAUAUAUUAAUUGACCUUUCUGGCCCCCCUCUUUCUAAUGCUAAAUGUUGGGCUUAGUGGGGGGGGAGGAGCAAAAGGAAACCUCAUUUUAGAUACUUGGAAAUGGAAAUUGGUGUCAGAUUGCAUUCACAUUCAUUGCUGAGGCAGGAGAAUUAUUGUAUGUUAAGAGGUCACUAUUGAUAACAUCCUAUUACAGUGAAACUUACCAGCCACCAUAUGCGUUCUGCUAAGGGGGCAAAUGACCACUACCCCAGCAACAAGUAGUUGGAAAUCACGUGUGUAUCCCUCUUGAUUUCCAAGCCUUGAAAAAGCCUGACUUUGAUUAAGCUUUUGUUAGUUCUCCCUUUAAGUACUUAGUCUUAACAUUUUUACAAGGGCAUGAUGCUAAUUCAAGUCUUAAUUUGAUGAUGUAAUAAUCAGAGGUCCAGAGAUUUAGAAUUCUGCACGUGGCUUCCAUGACUGCACAAUUGCAGUCACACCAUGUGCCAGCUGUGUGUCUUAACAGGCCACUUGCUAAUGCCACUGUAGUACCUGCAAGCACAGACUGUGCACAUCCUCCAUUCUAAAUAUCUGGGCCUAACUGUCUCUGAGAUAUCUCCGUGGAUUGGAUGCAUCCUUGGGGUCCCAGAAAGUAUCAAGGGGAUUUGCCCUUCCUUCGGUGACUAGUACUGCCAGGAAACAUGAUCUCUUCUGUUUUUUGUUUUUUAAGAAGAGGAUUUUAAACUCCUUUCUCUCUGCACUUGUGCAGUAAGGGCCCUUGUACAGCCCUGUGCUUUCUGUGGGGCUGGUGUAUACCUAGUUCUCUAGAGCCUGGGGAUUAACCCUAAGCAUUCCUUUCAGGCUGUGUAGGAGCUGCAGCUUCCCCACUGUUUUGUCAUGGUGCCAAGGGCAAUGUAUUUGCAUUUCUAGAUCAAUUAAUGGAGUCCUUCGGCUUGCUACAAGGGAAGCAUCAGAUGUGUCCAUUAGUAGGGCAUCCGCUCCUCAGGAGACACGUUUAAAAAAGUGGUUGUCUUUUUUUUCUCUAACUGAAUUUGGUUUUAAUUAUUUUGUUAACAAACCAGGCAAACCAGAUUGCUUUUUACAUCUAAAUUCCUGCUUCCUUUUACAAUAACACUCAUCGCUUCCUGUGAACCGAGUGCUAGCUACCAUAAACAGUCAGAAGAGAGGUAGUGCACUUGUCGCAGCAUAAAGAAAAUAGUGUCCUGUUGCUCAUCAACAGUUACCUGGAGAGGCAGUUUAUUGUGAUGAGGCCUUCCUAGAAUCUAUCUAAACUAGACCAGUCAGCAUUAGUCAAAAAAAUACAAGCUGUGGUGUAAUCUGAGAGAGGCUUUCAUGUGAGUGCCUAGUCUGGAGGUGGCAAAGGUUCAAAUUAUACGUAACUGCUGUUGUAACCCACUGAACACCAAGUAACUUGUACUAAACCCUGGGACUUCUAAACAUAUCCUCUGUGUGUUAUGCUGCAUGCAAAGGGCUGUCGUCACCAUUAUCCUUGUAUCCCUCUCUCCUGGUGGCUAAGGCUUGGGUUAGCUUGGCCACCUCAGACUCUUUCUUUGCCAAGAGUCUGAAAGGAGGAAAAACAGUCUGAAAUGAGCUAUGUAAAAGUCACCCGUAUCCUGUCCUGUUUCCCACUUACUUCCAAUAUCUGCACAGCAUAGCCCAUGUCCUAAACACAGCUUGCUUGCACAGAUGACCCUGAAUUUUGUUGGGUACAAAAUUCCUUAGUCUAUAAAAAGUCUUGGGUCAUGGGGCUCGGGUCAGGUAACUGAAUAUCUUAGAAUUGUUUCUUUAUGGGGGCCACUAGAAACUCGUGUUCCAGACAUCUGCAGUGCCCCCUGUGCUGUGUUCCCACUCCCGUGUUUGGAUUCUCACGAGCAAGGAUCAUGCCCCAUGGGAGAGUUUAACAGAAAAGGCUUAAUGAUGUCCUGACACGAAAGAGCAAAGAAUCUGCAGGUCUCACAUGAGGACAAUCCAGGGGGAUAAAUGAAGCUGAAGAGCAGGUGCCCUCAUCUAUACAGCCAGUUUGGGGGACUGCUGGCUCAACAAAUCUAGAGGGUUGGAGAGGAAACUUUGUCCUUCUGCUGACUCUUCCUGUAGGGAUGUGAAGAAAGCAGGGGUGGGAGGCGGGAGCUGGUGCCAAAAAGUUCUCCUCCUAAAAGGUGUCUCCUCUCACUGGUGCUUUCCAUUGCCACUCACUAGCAGAGUUCUUUUGACUGUUAAUUGCUGUGGUUUGGACUUGAAUGAGAAAAACUCAUGAUUAUGAGCUAGAACAAACAUGAGGAUAAAAUGGCUUAGAGCAACCGGAAGACCUAGAAGCUGUUCUAUUUUCUACCUAUUUAAUUUCCUUAACUACCAUUUAUCUGCUCAUCUUGAAGAAUGUUAAUAUGCAUCUUCAGUAGGUAUUGGGUGUUGAAUGAUUUGUUAUCUGUAGUGUUUAUCUGAAUUUGCCCAGGUCCAGCAAAUUUUUCAGGGAACGGUCUUGUAAAUGUGACCAGUCUUAUCAAUACUGAGUCCCGUGGGCAAGACUGUUCAUAUUGUUUUGGAGAUUCCCCUAUCUUCAGUGUUCUCCAGUCUUCUUCUCCACCCUCUGUUGGAAUGCAGAAGGCUACAGGGAAGACAUCCUUCUCUCUCCUUUCCCACGCAGUAAACCUAACCCAAAAGGAGCGCUUGUGAGCUGGUACAACAAAUCAUUAUUAAAAGCAAUGUCUGUCUUCCACCCCCACCAUCAAAUGUGCUUGCUCAGUUCCUUAAUGUCCUUUCAAACUUAAUUAAGGAAGUAGAAGAAGCUCACAGUUAAUCUUCAUCUGAUGUGAAUGGACGUAGCAUCACUGAAAUAAAUAGGGCUAUGCUAGUUUACAAAAACUGAGGAUCUGGCCCUCAGCCUGUACAUAAAAAUAUUUACUGGGGGGGCAGGGAGGGACUGAAUCUUAAGAGCCAGUGAAGAUGCUGUAAUGCCUAGAAGGUAGCCCUUUGUCACCAACUUUUUAUCAAAGGUCUGUGCAGCUGUUGCAUGGGGCUGUUAAAAUGACCCAGGCUUGUUUUGGUGCAGUGCAGUUCCCACUGCAUAAUGUGACAAAAUGACCAAAACUAGCAAAGAACUUGUAGAAAAAUGUGAAAGCACAUGUGCUGUUGACUGACUGACGAAGGUGCAUUUCACCCUAGCCCAGAGGGCCUAAUCAAAAGCUUAAGUGAAGCAAAGAGACUGGCAAGAGGCCUUCUGCACUGGAGUCAUGUUAUGCCUGGAGCGGAGGUUCGUGGUCCUGUUGUUCGUGUGUGUGCUUAUACUGUGUACUGGCUGAACCAAAUCAGCCUCCCUUUCUAUCUCACUCACUGCUGCAGCCAAUAUGAGCAAAUCUUUGUAUAACAGAAAACAAUGUAAAAGUAAAUUCUAUUUUUCUACUGACACUUCUAAUGCUGGUGUUGCUGUUUAUCAAUAAACUCUAAUGAUCGCUGUGAAGCA